UAUGGUUCUUUUGACCAAUCCGCAGCCAACGUUGACCACUUUCACUGCUCAAACUCAAACUCUAUAUUCCUCAAUCCAAAAUGUCCAACACCAUUUUCAGACCACAAGCACAUCAAGCAAGAUGUGCAGCAAAACCUUCACAUUCUGCUCCCUUGUCUUCCUCAUCUUCAUCACUCUCAACACUGUUGCAGCUACUGCUUCAUCAUGCCCAAUAGAUCUGAGCUACGUCGAAACCUUCCCAUGGGACACCUCCCUCUGCCUCGCCCCGAACGGCACACACUGCUGCCAGACCCUCCUCAGCCUCUUCGGCAUAGGCCUGGCCCAACACCUCAAGCAAACCUCCAUGUUCCAGCUCCCCAACUCCACCGCCUCCGCUGCUUGCCUCUCUGAUUUCCAGUCCAAGCUCUCAUCUUUGUCUCUCCAGCCCACCCUAGUCCCCCUCUGCUUCCAAAACUCCAGCCAGUUCGUCGCCAGCCCUGCCAGCUGUGCCGGCAUCCUCUCCGUCCAGGACUGGACGGAAAAGGUGGGGGCCAUCAGCGCUAUAGACACAUCGUGCAAGGGAGAUCUGGAGGGGCUUACCAAGUGCAGCUCUUGCCUUGAUGCAGGGUUGAGUGUGACUAACUUGUUGAGCGGGUUGGGCCCAAACAAAACCAAAUGUUUCUACUUUACUGUGUUGUAUGCUGCAGGGAUUGUGAAUCAGUUGGGUCCUGAUGAUCCAAGAACUGGGGCUUGCAUUCUGGGCCUGCCUCUGUCCAAGAAGAGUUCAAGUCAGGUGAGCAGAAAGACUCUGCUGAAAUGGGUGUUUGGGGUUUUGGGGGCUAUUCUUGGGAUUUUGCUUGCUGUUGGGGUUAUAGUCAUGUACAGGAGGUAUGACUUGAAAGGGAGGCAAAAUGCUAGGCAUGAAGAGUAUGUGAGUAGCUUUAGAGCUAGUUUGUUGCCUAAUUCUGGUGCAAAGUGGUUUGGGAUUUCGGAGCUUGAGAGAGCCACUGAUGGGUUCUCUCAGAAGAACAUGAUAGGCCAAGGUGGGUAUGGGGUUGUGUACAAGGGCACACUUGCUGAUGGGACUCUUGUUGCAGUGAAGCAAAUUCUUGAUAUGGAGUCUUUGGAUUCGAAAGGGGAUGAGGAGUUUUCAAAUGAGGUAGAGAUUAUAAGCAAAAUCCGGCAUAGGAAUCUGCUCUCGCUUAGAGGGUGUUGUGUUACUAGCGAUGAUUUUAAAGGGAAAAGGAGGUUCUUGGUUUAUGAUCUCAUGUCAAAUGGGAAUCUGAGUGACCACUUGAGCAAUAGUAAUAGGAGAUUGAGUUGGCCUCAGAGAAAGAGUAUAAUACUUGAUGUUGCAAAGGGGCUUGUUUAUUUGCACAAUGGGAUCAAGCCUGCUAUUUAUCACAGGGACAUAAAAGGAACUAACAUACUCUUGGACUCGGAAAUGAAGGCGAAAGUUGCAGAUUUUGGUUUGGCCAAGCAAAGUUCAGAGGGGCAUACUCACUUGACAACAAGAGUUGCUGGCACUUACGGUUAUUUGGCACCUGAAUAUGCGCUCUAUGGACAGCUUACGGAGAAGAGCGAUGUUUACAGCUUCGGCAUUGUGAUUCUUGAGAUCAUGAGUGGGAGGAAAGUGCUGGACACAUCGAAUUCCAGCACGAAUUUGAAUUCGGUUGUUUUGAUCACGGAUUGGGCGUGGAUGCAUACGAAAGCAGGGAGUUUGGAGGAGGUUUUUGAUGAAACAUUGAGGGAGGAAGGACCAAAGAGUGUUAUGCAGAGGUUUGUGAAUGUUGGGAUUCUUUGUGCUCAUGUUAUGGUGGCUUUUAGGCCUACCAUUUCAGAAGCACUGAGGAUGUUGGAGGGUGAUAUUGAUAUUCCUGAACUACCAGAUAGGCCAAUGCCACUUGGGAAUGAGUCUUAUAGAUCUUCUUUUGGGUUUUCUACCAUUCUGGAAAGUGAAAGAUCAAGACCCAGCUUUAGUUCAAGCACUGUAACUCCGAGUCCCCAACAUAGAUUGAAGGUGUGAACUAACUAGGACGCUUGGUAGUUUGGUAUAUGUGUUUGUAUCAUUUCUAUCUUCUGUUUAUCUUUGCUACGGCAUUCUUUUGUACAUUGGUGACUAAAACAAGAAAUUGAUGAAAUUACAUAUUCUUUUUGCGCAACAA